AUGAAGCUUCAAGUAAGCCGGUAUAUGAUGCGUCGUUGUUCGCUUAUUUUCGCGUUCUUCUCCUACAUCAAGCAUGUGGCAACGUUGGAAGCCACCGGUGUCCAAAAUUGGUCAUCCCUAUCUAACAAUCAGCCGUCGAAGAACUGGGUUGUCCUGGCCGCUGGUUCAAACACCUGGGAAAAUUAUCGACACCAAGCGAACGUUUACCACGCGUAUCAUGUCGUGCGUGAAAACGGUGUUCCACCGGAGAAUAUAAUUACCUUUGCAUACGACGAUAUUGCAAACAAUCCCAAAAACCCGUUUAAAGGCAAAGUGUUCCAUGACUACGAGCACGAGGAUGUCUACAAGGGUGUGGUGAUUGACUACCGUGGAAAAGAUGUCACACGGGAUAACUUCUUGAAAGUAUUAAAAGGCGAUAAGAAACUUGAAGCCAACAAGAAAAAGGUGCUGAAAAGCGGUCCUAAUGACAACGUGUUCAUCUUUUACUCUGGCCAUGGUGAGACUUCCUGUAUAGCCUUCCUUGAAGAAAAUCUGUAUGCCAUGGAGUUGAACGAUACCCUCGCCUACAUGCAUUCAAAAAAAAUGUUCAACAAAUACUCUGGCUCUAUGUUUCGCGAUGUUCUUCCUUCAAAUAUGGGAAUCUACGUGACAACAUCAGCCAAGGAAGAUGAACCAUCCUUUGCUUUGUUUUGUUCGGACAAGGACAUCGAUGUUUGUCUAGCGGACAAUUACUCGUAUGUCUGGGUUUUAGAUUCGGAAUUCGAAGACAUAAAAAAGCGUACACUGGAUGAACAAUACGAGGAGGUGAAAAAGCAUACAAUGUUUAGUCACGUGAUGAAAAACGGUGAAAUGCUUAGCCACAUCGUCAAGGAAACCUUUCGUGAUAUCGUCAUAGAUGUGACAACCCACCAUAAGCCAACGCUAGAGGGCUUGUCCAAGAGGGAUGAGCUCAUGUGCUUCCAGGCAGCACUCGAGCAAUUCCGGACGCGCUGCUUCACAAUUCAGCAGGCAAGUUGA